UAAAAUGCAGAUGAGCAAAGUGAGUGGGCGUGUGAAAUCGUUUGUAACAAAAACCCAUUAUUUACAGAUGAGAAAUUUAUAUUGUCAGCGUAAUAUCUGUGAGGCUAAGCACAGCUGUAGAGUAUAUAAAAGCAGUGCGCUUUUUGUGCAGAAUACAGAGCUCAGGACAGAGAGCACUUCCAAAGUUCAGAAAGAGUUCUCUCUUUCUCUACCUGCUCUGUUUCACAGCACAGUAUCUAAAGGAAGCAAAAAUGAGAAGCUUUUAUGUUGUGGCUGGAUUGUUCGUAAUGCUGGUACAAGGCAGUUGGCAACAUUCCCUUCAAGAUACAGAGGAGAAAGCCAGAUCAGUCUCAGCUUCCCAGACAGACCCACUCAAUGAUCCAGAUCAGAUGGUUGAAGACAAGCGCCAUUCACAGGGAACAUUCACCAGUGACUACAGCAAGUACUUGGACUCCAGACGUGCUCAGGACUUUGUGCAAUGGUUGAUGAACACCAAGAGAAACAAGAAUAACAUUGCCAAACGUCAUGAUAAAUUUGAGAGACAUGCUGAAGGGACCUUUACCAGUGAUGUAAGUUCUUAUUUGGAAGGCCAAGCUGCCAAGGAAUUCAUUGCUUGGCUGGUGAAAGGCCGAGGAAGGCGAGAUUUCCCAGAAGAAGUCGCCAUCGUUGAAGAACUCCGCCGCAGACAUGCGGAUGGAUCUUUCUCUGAUGAGAUGAACACAGUGCUUGAUAAUCUUGCCACUCGAGAUUUUAUAAACUGGUUGCUUCAGACGAAAAUUACUGACAGGAAAUAAAUUAUGUCACCAUUCAAGACCAGCUUCAUAACAUCACUUGCCAGCCACUUGGAAUGUUUGAAAAUUUAAGUUCUGUAAAUUUAAGACAUGUAUUCUGAAGCCAUAUACUUUGCAUGCCAACAAAUGAAUUUUCUUUUAGUGUUCUGUAGCCACAAGAUUGUAAAUGGAAUAAACUAUUGUGGAAAGAUUGCUAAAAUAUCACCUUUAAAAUUUGAAAAUGCUGUAUUAUCUUAUUUUUGAUGAAGUCCUCCAACCUAUUCACAGUUAGCAAUGAAAUCAAUUUUCUAUAUCAAUUUGUAUAUGUUAAUUGUUCUUAUCACAAUGUAUCUGCAUGCUAAUAUAGAAGAGAAAGGCUGGCAUCCACAGUGCUGAAACUGGAAAGAAAACUUCCUUCUUGAAACUGUUGUCAUAAAAAGGCUCAACUGUCAAUAAAUCAAAGAUAGAUAGACUUAAAUACAAUUUUCAAGCUUCUUUACCAUUGU